AUGGCUCCAUCAGCUCCCGGGACAGCCAGCAACUCGCCGGCUAAGAAGGCUUCAGCCCCAGAGAAGAAAUACAAGUGCCAAUUUUGCAAUCGCGCAUUCAGUCGCAGUGAGCACCGCAGCAGACACGAACGGUCGCACACAAAGGAACGCCCCUUCAAGUGCCUAAAAUGUCGGAGUACCUUCGUUCGUCGCGACCUUUUGUUGCGCCAUGAUCGAACCGUACACGCCAAGGAUGGUGGUAUCCCUCUGGUCGCCGAGGGCCGCCGACGCGGAGGUGGUGUGCAGAAGUCCACAACUUCUGCCCCCUCCAAACCCUCAAUCACAAUUGACCCAGCGACGCUGGAGCAGAUUGAGGCAAGUAGUGAUGGUAUGGUCGACCUUGAAACUGCAGCCAUGUUGAUGACAGACUUCCAACAUAAGGCUGCAGCCGCGGCGACUGGACAGGUUUCCGAGCGCUCCGAAUCGUUAUCCCCCGGCCAAGGCUCCUUCGAGCCUUACCUUUCUGGCAACGCCACUCUGCCACAAAUGCCCUGGGAUACCCUCGUUUCCCCCGCCGAUGCCGGUUCCAUGCCCACCCUCGCCGACCGUCACGGCCCCCUCGGAGAUGUGCUUUUGUCGAACUCGAUGCCCAUGUCUGGCAACUCGACUCCGAACGCCUUGUCCCCCUACCCUUCCAUGACCGGUCCCGUCAGCCCCGUAAACUACCGUCGCUCUCCCGGUCCCAGUCAAGCCUUGACUCUCCCCAGAGCGCCGCAAAUCAUGGACGAAAUGGAACGUAGCAUGGUGGUGGAGCGCGUUCAAAGCGCCGAUACACUUGGAGGUCUACCUGACACUUUCCAGAUGCCAGGUCUGAUUGCACUGAACCGGUACUUGUCCACCUACUUUAACUUGUAUCACCCUCAUCUGCCUUUCUUGCACCAACAGUCAUUCAACCCCACCACUGUGUCAGCACCGCUAUUGCUAGCAGUUCUCUCGAUCGGCGCCCUGUACACUUUCGAACGCGAACACGCUUUCAUGCUGCACGUCGGCUCCAAGGUUUUGGUCAACCAGUUCCUGCAACAUAAGGAUAACUUUGAUUCUCGCAAGUGCCCUCUUUGGUUGAUGCAGAGCACCCUAUUGAACAUGGUUUUCGAAAGCUGGAGUGGAGAUCCCAAGGGUCUUGAAUGGACUUGCUCGAUCAAGAGUCUUCUGGCCAACAUGGUCGCUGGUAACCGAUACCAGCUUAAGGUCCGAAUUGAUGCUCGCCAGGGUACUCCGACUACCCGUGAGGACUGGAUCGAGGAUGAGUCAUGUCGCCGUACCUACUUCGCAGUGUACAUAUUCUUUGGAAUGUUGACUCUCACCUUCAACCACACUCCCGCGAUGAGCUUCGAUGAGUUCGACAACCUGGAGCUUCCAUCUUCCGAGUCUCUCUGGAACCUGGAUCCAUCUGACGAGGAGACCUGGCGCCGCAGUACUGCCACAAACACUCUUACUGUCCGCGAGGCACACGAUUUCCUGUUCCAGGGCGAACAGACUCGCUACAGCGCUUUUGCCACCCGCGUUCUCAUCAAUGCUCUUUUCUUGCAGGUCUGGAAUCACAAGCGCAGCUUCGAGGCUCUUCAGGACGUGGUCACUGAGUACAAGCUCCGUCUUGCACUUGAGACCUGGGAGAGCUCUCUCGAUGUGUGCGAGUCUGAGACUAUCGUUGUCCCGCUAAGCACUCCUCAAAAGGGCCACCCCUUGAUCUUCAACUCGAUGGCAGUCUACCGCAACACCCGUGCCCGCCUGGAAGUUGAUCUGAAGUCCAUCCAGGAGGCCAUGCGGUACCACUCGUCAUAUGAGGUGGCUGCUGCCAUGACUGUCGCUCGUGAGAAGGUCAAGCGUGGACAAGAGAUGAACAAGGUUGUCCAACAAUGCUUUGAGUGCAUCGAGAUUGCCGCUCUCCAGGGCAUCAACUGGGUUGCAAAGACCUCCGCCACUAACUGGAGUGUGGAGCACCCCCUCUGCGGCCUGGAUUUGAUGGUCAUUCUCAGCCUCUGGCUCUACCGCCUGGAACAUGACGAAGAGCCAGCUACUGAGGCUGAAUUGGCUAUUUACAACAAGGUGCGGAACUUGUUUGAUGAUGAUGCCAUCGACGCAUUUGGUAAACUCAGCUCCACCGUGGCCCGUGUUUGGGGUAACAUCCUUGACGGCGUGGUUGUUUGGGGAAUCACCAAGUUGAUGGGCGAGUCAUUCAAACUCCACUCCCAAGCUUUGGUCGGUUACGAGGAUUCCUUGCGCGUCGGUAAGGAUCAGCCGAUCCACGCAGUCCCUACGAAGUCGCUUGCUUCUGUGGGCACUGCGUACUAA